UUAGAUUUUACUUGUCAACACGUGUUGUGAAAAGUUAUAAAGAAAAUAGUAAUUUUGUUUAUAAAAUAGAGUUAAAAAUGUCUGUUUGGCAGCGUGUGGCCAAACCCACAACACGAAAAGGGAAGAGAGUGUUAUUAAAGAAAGAGCCGCAAGUUAUUGAGGGACCUAAGAGAGCACUAUUUUUUCACGGAAGAAAAAGCUCGGAAAAAGUGAGGUGUUUGUUGAAAGAUCUCUUUGAUUUCAAAAAGCCCGAUGCAGUUAAACUGAAUAGAAAAAAUGAUAUCACAGUGUUUGAAAAUGCCAAGCCUGUUGAAGACAUAUGUAGAAAGCACGAGACGCCUCUAUUUAUGUUGGGUUCACACAGCAAAAAACGGCCAGAUAAUCUAGUUGUAGGUAGAAUGUUUAAUUACAAUUUACUAGAUAUGAUAGAAUUAUAUGUAGAAUCUUAUGAAGGCUUAAAAGAAUUCGCAGAAUCCAAAAUCACUCUUGGCACAAAACCCUGUCUGAUUUUUAAUGGACCUCUUUGGGAUCAAAUGGAUGAACUCAAACAGCUCAAAAAUUUGUUUAUAGACUUUUUUCACAGGGAAUGUGUGGAGAAUGUUAGGUUGCAAGGUAUAGAACACAGUAUAAAUUUUAAUGCUACACCAGAUGGAAAAAUAUUGCUCAGAUCUUACAGGAUUUUAUUGAAAAAGUCUGGAGUGAAAAAACCGCGGGUGGAACUGGAAGAAAUUGGUCCCCGAGUAGAUUUCACUCUUAGACGAUCAAAACUUCCUGAUGAAGACCUAAUGAAAGAUGCAUGUCGCAAACCUAAAGAACUAAAAGUUAGUAAAAAGAAAAAUAUCAGUACAGAUGAAUUGGGUAAUAAACAUGGUAGAAUACAUCUUGGCAAGCAGGAAAUUAGAAAAAUACAAACUAGGAAAAUGAAAGGUUUGAAAAAGACUGCAGCUGAAAGGAAGGCGGAGAAAGUGAAGAUGAUUAAGGCAAUGCGAGAACAAAACGGAACAAGUGAAAAUGGACAUGGUGAUCGAUAGUAGUGUCUCAAAGGUGUAUCAUCUUUGUUGAAGUUGUGGUGUUGCCAUUGUUAAUUCAUGCCUCUCUAUUUUUUCUUAAUUACUAUAACUAUUGUUAAAAUUUCAGGUUGUGUAGUACUAGCAAAUGAUAUUGUUAUCAAUAGCGAUUUUUAGAUUGAUUAAUUGAAUUAUUUUAUGAAUUGAACUAGUAUAAUAUUUUUUAUAUGAAAUGUCUAUUGGCGUGUAUUGGAUUUAAGACGGAUUCGAUUGCUGUGAUGGCAAACAAUGUUAUCUUGCUUAUGUUGUCAUGUGCCCUCUCCACUGUGUCAAUGUGUAUACUUGGUGCGUCUCACCAAUCGACUACAAUAUACUUGACAUAUUCGCCGAUUGUAUGCAGUAGUUUUAUUUAUAUUAUUGUUGGUUUUAAAAAGACAAUUUUUAUAUCUAUAGGGCGUCACGUCAGGACUACAAUAUCAUAGAGUUUUAUUAAUUUUACAUAUUCU